UGACAAACCUCCAAAAAAAAAAAAAAGAAAAGCUGAUUAUCCUUCCAGUUGGGAAAGAGUGUGAAAGAGAGAGAGUGAGAGCGAGACAGAUUGAGAGGUGAAUGAGCGCUGGGGAAGACACACAGAUUGGUUCAAAAGAAUCAAGCAGCUAGCGGUUGUGUUGUUAAUAAAAAUAGGUUUUAAAGAAGUCUCUUCCAGUUAUUUGGAGUGUGUAGCUCAAAUAAAGUUAGUCAGACAUCUUAUUCUCAUACAGCGAAAGAAAGAGUUUCUCUUGACUAGAUACAAAACUGAAUGCAAUGAACGGGAAAAGACAAUGCUUGUGGCAUAACUGCACAAAAAUAUAAAAUAUUCAUAGAAAGACACAUCUACAAAUAUAAAAAUAAUAACUGCGUGUUAUGUAGUCAUAAAGCCCUUUAAAUACUUCAGAUAAUAAAAACAAUUAAAUAAACAAAGAAAUUGAUAAUUUAAUAACACAAAUAUAAAAGUUAAAUAUAGAUAAAUGACCAAAAAUUUUAUAAACACUACCAUAAAACUAGCCAAUAGUUAAAGAAAAACGACUUUAGUAGCCUUGAAUUCUGUGGGACUAAAGUAUUUCACAUACAGGAUUUUUUUGUAUUAGAACAUAAAAUUCAAAAAACAGACGUAGGUAAAUGACUGAACUUUCUGUUAGCUUAUGUAUAUUUGUUUUAUCUAAUUGAAUGAUUAUUUUCCUGAGUAAGAACACGCGGGUACAAUAAACAAGUGAAUGGAUUUUUACUGACCCCGUGUGGCAGAAAAGGUGUACUGUAGUUGGGCACACUGCUGAGGUCCAGCACCACAGGCAGCGACCAGCAACAGAAAGAAGCUAAAAACACGAUUAUUAUUAUUACUGGCCAUAAAUUUCUGAGCCAAAUAGACAAAUGUAAUUUUGACUACAGCUUUUCACUGCUCUUUAUCUGUGUUAAUUAUGUUUGCCCUAGUUUAGCUGAUUUGAAUAAAUCAUUCAUUUGAAACUAAUAUAUCUUGUUUUAUCUUGUUAAAAGUGUUUUGGUGGCUUGUUCUGGUUCAAAUUUUUAAAACUGGUAACUUUAUUUAUUCAAGAAAUUUUAUAUAAUAAGUUGUUAUAGGCUUUAGCGGCAACUUUGCUGAAAAACUCUAGAACUUUAACAAUUAAUAUACGGACACAGUGACUUCUGAGAGCAGCUAGUUGUACUGGGGUAUUCUUAAGGGUAUCAGAGUAAAGGCAGCUAAAUAUAAAUGCACAACAAACUUUUAGGAUGUCUAUUUGUAAAAAAAAAAAAAAAAAGUACCUUUUCAUUUCAUAAUUUUGCACAAUUUGUGUUUGUCUAAAAUAUCUUGAGAGUCAUAACUGUCAAAAUGUGGAAAAGUUAGAGUUUUUUUUGUGUGUUUCUCCUUUAGUUUGGGUUCCCUUCUUGAAGUGUAAUAUAUUUAUGUUUGUGGACGGCAUUAAUAGCAUGGGAAGGAAGCUGUACUCAUAAAAAAAAAAUCCAAAAUCUAGUGCGCACAACACCCUUGGCUCUCCUUGUAGACGUGUUGCUACACGUCUACAGACCUAAUCUUUGAGAAAAACCCUUUCAACGUCCGUCACGCUGAAAAAGAAACCGAAAUCUCAACUUAAACUGUUUUCUGUGCAUUGUGAGCUCAGCGCGUUGUAUCCUUUCGGGAUAACCUGCUCACACAGCAGCGACACUGACGUGAUAUUGUCUCAGCUCCUCUGCGUCUCCUCCUCUUUCCUGCCUCCGCCUCCGCCUGUCUCCGCACUGCUGGGUGUCACAGGCAGCAUCACGGCAGCAGACAUUUGGCGAGCAAAUCCAGGACUGCGAUCAAACCAGCUGCGCGCUUCAAGGCUCCCGUGGACAUUUACGGGGAACACGGGAAUAUCCGCGGCGUUGCACGCUGCCUCUAAAGACCUUUUUUUUUUUUUUUUUUUUGUCGUUUUUGGCUCCCCUCUGUUCCCAAUUGUGUGUGGAUGCUGCAGAUUUGAUGGUGCUGAGCAGGCUUGUCUGAUUGCGAAGGCGUCCGGCCAGGCGGGCAUUUGCGGGGUUGCGGAGAGAGACCCCGCCAUCAAGGUUUUCUGCGUCCCUCCUCUGCCCUGUGAUUGUUCAUGGACUGCCACUGCGCUCCGUGAUUUUCUGCAGUUUCUCUGAGUCAUUUGUAGUAGAAGAUGGCGGACAGGGCUGAGAUGUUUUCUCUAUCCACUUUCCAUUCCCUCUCUCCGCCUGGCUGCAGGCCGUCCCAUGACAUCAGCCUAGAGGAGUUUGAUGAUGAAGACCUCUCCGAAAUCACAGAUGACUGUGGGAUUGGACUCAACUACGAUUCUGAUCCAUAUGAGAAGGAUUCCCUCAUCCUGGAGAAGAACGACAUGCACCACCCAGUCUGCUCCUUCCAGGAUGACUUCCAAGAGUUUGAGAUGAUUGAUGAUGAAGAUGAGGAUGAAGAGGAGGAAGAGGACGAGGAGGAAGAGGUUGACCCUGAUGCACCACCAUCUCCCUCUGCAUCCCCUCCUCGCUCCCCUACCCUGGGCACUCUGAAGAGCAGACCUACCACAUUGAACCUCACCACUGCUGUUUCGCAGGAUUCGCUGAACAACAACAGCAGUCUGUCCCCAAAGAAAGGAAGCUGGCAAGACUCUUUACGCAAUCCAACUUUACAAGGUCGUCUGUCUCCAACCCACUCAUGCUUGGAGGACGGUAGUCAUGUGACAGGCCAGUGCAGAGCUUCUCCACUUUCCCAGGCUCCAGGGUCGCAGAGCAAAGGUACUCCACCAAAACAAGCAGGGGAGGGCGGGAAUUCCCAGUCUCCUCAUAGGCCCCUCCUCUGCGACAUGGAGGGCAACAGACGGGAAAGGCCAGAAUAUGGCUCAUUUGGUCAGCACCGGUCCCACCCAUGCCCUGCAGAAUUCACUGAGUCCAAGGUAGACCCAUCAACCCAGACAGCCAGAGUACCUUCCAUAGACGAGCACUCCCAGUGUUCAGACACAGAGGUGGACCAUGACCUCAACAGUGACCACAACCGUAAGCACUCAAACCGUUGCGCCACAGACACUUACACAAUUACCAGCGAGUCUGGUGUGGAGCCCGAAAAUGAUCCUGACCCGGAUGGAACCAGUCGGUGUUUGUCAUCAACGGCUCCCAUGGGAGGAAAUGAGGGCGCUGAUACACCUCUGUCUGAUGAAGAGCUGGAGAAGGACUUUGAGGUGGAGUUCAUGUAUAAGGAGAUCUGCAAGGAGAAUCAGUCGUCUUAUGUGGAAUUCCCUUCGAUUGAGCCCUCUGAGCUCGCUUCUUUCUGUAGCUAUCAGUCCUUAAGCCGCUCCGAAGCUCCAGACCAGUCUAAUAGUUCAGACGCUGCAAUAGCUUCUGCUGUGGAGAUAGCAGCUAAUGAUUCAACCUCCCCAUCUUCAGACCCAGGGAUAGCAGAUAUGAACCAACAGGGUUAUGUGACUUCAGACCAGGACAAGGAUCUUAGCUCUCCAGGUUCUGAUUCUGAUGUUGAAGGGGAGCUGGAGGCAGCAUUUGCUUGUGGUGGUCCUGUGGUUUCCAACAUGAUCUCCUCUAUCUCAGAAACAGAGUUGGACUUGACAAGUGAUGAGAGCAGCAGCGGACGAUCAUCUCACCUUACCAACUCGAUAGAGGAGGCUAGCUCACCGACAUCUGACCAGGAACUAGACCCAGAUACCGAGUUAGAACAGGACAGUGGAAUUGUUGGCCUGAAAACAUCUCUGCUCUUGGGCCAGCGUGACCCAAUCAAAGAAGGCUCUGUUCUAUCUUCUCCUUCCCAUAAUCCCUCACCUACUAUUGCCACACCCUCACCAGUUGACUCACCCAUCUUACCUGCAGAGUCCUACGAUGAUGGUCAGGCUCUGAUGGGUUUACAGAGUGUGGACGAUGAGCUGGCUUGUGAGCACCAUGCCGACCCAGAUGAGACUCUGCCUCCAGCCCAGUGCUGUGACGACCGUCUGUCCAGACCAAUGGUGCUUGAGAUAGAACCAGACCACAGCCUGGAGAGUUUCAAACGCUCUUUCUACCUGCCAGUGGGUCCAAGACUAAUGCCAUGCGCAGAUGAAUACGAUGAAACAAGUGAGGGAGAGUCUGAAUCAGAGAGUGAAGAUGAGCUAAGUGAGAACUCAGACUCCCCGUGGCUUCUUAGCAACCUAGUCAACAGGAUGAUCUCAGAGGGCUCAUAUCCAAUUAGUUGCCCAGAGGAGUGCUUUAGGAGGAAGGCAUCUGUGUCUGAUACCAUCUCACCAUCUUCAGACAUUGGAGAUGGAGACGAUUUCAAUGAUGAGACCCAGGAUAAGAAACCAGAGAUAGGGAGAUCACAGCAAAAUGAAAUGGAAGGUGAAGGGUACAGAAAAGAGAGGAUGGAGCCAGGAGCAAGUUCCCAUCUCUAUAUGACCAACCCCCCUGCUGAUACUAUAAGCCCACUGAUUUUUGAGCCCUGUGCCAAUGAAGAGAAGGGAACAACAGAUUUGCACUCCUUGUAUACCAAUAAAGGCUGUGACAAGAACUCCACAGAGAAACUAUCUAAGAAUGCUGGGAGACCGGAGGAUGAAGAACCUAAUAAUGACUUGACCAUGCUGGAAGGCAGAAGAGAUUUGGACUCACCCAGCCUCAGUGAGAGUGUGAUCAGUGACAAGGAUGAGGGGCGAGAAACCGAACCCAGGCCAACAAGUCGUUCAUCAGCGUCUCUUGAGCGCAUCACGGAAGUCAAAAACAGUCUGACGCUCGACAUACCAACCACUCAGACCAACCGCUGCUUUAGUCUCACCUACUCCACUGACAAUGAUGAAGAGGAGGACAAUGGUGAUUCUUAUCCUUUCAUGGGUAGCACGAGGAAUCAGUCAUAUGUUUGUAGUGACAUAGAGCUUGACAACUCACCACCCAUUGAUUCCAGUGUGCACAAUCAUUCAUUACCUGAUCAUGACCUCCCACUGUGUGAGAAAGACCUGAUUCUCAGGCAGCCGAAUGAAGAUGAUGGCCUGGCUUAUGACUCCAUGAAGUACACAUUAGUGGUGGAUGAGAAUACAACGCUGGAACUAGUUAGCCUUCGGAGGUGCACCUCAGUUUUGAGUGAUGACAGUGAGCUGUCAACCUUAUGUGAUGAGGAGCCAUUGGGGACCGGAAACAUGGGCUACAGGCAUGAUGAUGAGGAAGUCAGGCCAGAACUUUUGAGCUCUUCUGAAGACUCCUCUCCUGAGGCUGAUCUGCCAUUUUCCAAAAAGUUCCUAAACGUGUUUGUCAACAGCACCUCCCGCUCCUCAAGCACAGAAUCCUUUGGACUUUUCUCGUGUACCAUCAAUGGAGAGGAGCGGGACCAGACGCACAGAGCAGUUUACAGAUUCAUUCCUAGACAUGAGGAUGAACUGGAGCUGGAUGUGGAUGAUCCCCUAUAUGUGGAGGAAGAAGAAGAUGACUAUUGGUACAGAGGCUAUAACAUGCGAACAGGGGAAAAAGGCAUCUUUCCUGCCUUCUAUGCCCAUGAGGUCAUAGGCCAGUCCAAGGAGUUGCUGGGCCUGAAAAGGAAUCCAGGGUGGAUUGAGACAUUCAAUGUUCAGUUUUUGGGUUCUGUUGAAGUACCUUAUCACCAGGGCAACGGCAUUCUCUGUGCCGCCAUGCAAAAGAUUGCGAUAUCGAGAAAACGGACGGUACAUGUGCGACCUCCUUCUCUGUGUGAGCUUGAGAUCAGCUUACAAGGAGUUAAACUAAUCAUGAGCUUGGAGGACGAAUAUGACACCCUUGAUGAGUAUGACAGAUGUAGUCACUUCUUCCAGAUGAAGAACAUCUCGUUCUGUGGAUGCCAUCCGAGGAACAACUGCUACUUUGGCUUCAUCACCAAGCAUCCAAUGCUGAACAGAUUUGCUUGCCAUGUGUUUGUAUCCCAGGAAUCCAUGAGGCCUGUGGCUGAGUGUGUCGGUCGAGCCUUCCAAGAGUACUACCAAGAACACCUGGAGUAUGCCUGCCCCACUGAAGACAUCUACCUGGAGUAGAAGAGGUUCACAUGACGACCCUCUUCCUCUACAGCUUGUGGACACUGGUUAAGUUCUCCGCUAGAGGACAGGGAACUGUCAGUCUUUCUUUACUUUUAUUUACUUUCCUCUGGGAUCAUUGUAAGAUGUUUUUCUGCAUUCUUCUCAAACUGGAAUCCUCAUUUUUACAGUAAGCUAUUUAUUAGACUGAUUCCAUUCAUCCCUUUCCCUGUUGAUUUUCCUGAUCUCGAUGCAUUGAUUGCCUGUUUCUUUUACCUUUUUUUCUAUGAUAUAAAACUAAAAAGCUGAGCACCUGUUUAUUUAAAAAGUUUCUGUUUUGAACUGAAAACAUUAUACCUACUACGGCUGUAUCACUUCUCAAUGCAUGGCUGGUAGGGUUGCUGCACACAGACGAACCAACAAAUACAUAUAUCCAAGUGAAUGACAAGCAGCUCAACAAUCGUAAGGGAAUCAAAAGGUGUGUAAAUAUCUUUUUUUGUUUCUUUAAAACAGCUAACUUGCUUUGUACUGAAGAUGAUGUUGGAGUUGACUAGAGAAAGUGGCCCUUUUAUUCAACCGUACCCCCUGCGUCUCGUACAAGAUAAAGUGUUUGUUGUACAUACGUGUAUAGAAAGUAGACAUACGUUGCCUCAUUAAGUCUGUGCGGGAAAACAGUCGGGACUGAAUUUGCUAUAGAUUUUGAUGUAGGUAGAAGAAAGAAAACAAUGGCUCGCUUUGACAGGGGUCACACCAGAUGUAAAAGUGGAAUAAGUUUGCAAAACCUGACUUGGAAUUAAGUUUUGAUGCUAUUGGCUCUGCAGAUAUUUAAUUCACUUUUGAUUACAUCUAGAAACUGUUAACAAAUCUGAAUCACAUAACAGCAAUGAUUUUCCCUCCUGUCCCGACCUGACAGUUGUAUAGCUUGUUGACUUUUUACCACGAGUAGCUUUUACGGCACAGCUAUAGAGGCCAAAGGCGCCACAAUUCAAUAAAUAAAUAAAUAAAUAAAGGAUGUAAAUAUUAAUAUAUUUAAUAACUGGAAAUAUAUGCAUUAGAUUAAUAAACAAAUCUAACAUUAUUUAAAUGUUUUAGAAAUGUAUUAAAUACAUAACUAAAAGUUUAUUUUCUUUAUAUGUUAAAAAGAUUAAUAAUUGUUCAAGUGCCUGUUUUAUUUAAUAAUUUUGUAGUAUUUUCUCGCAGGAUCUUAUGAAUUUAUUUUAUUUUGCCGCCUUCUGAUGAAGUUCAGCAGGGGAACAAACUCUGCUACCGGCAAGAUGAUUGGUCUGCAAUUGAAUUGCUGUGACUAUUAACCAUGCAGACCUUAAGAGUUUGUUUGACGAGCAGAGUAACAAUUUACAUGAUCAUGUUUUAUGUUUUAUAUUCUAUUUAUUAUUUAUUCAUAUUCAAGUAUGCACAUUCAUUAUUAUUGCUUUUAUUAUUAAUUAUAUACGUUUUUGUUCAAUUCAUGAUGAACUGUAGCACAGGAAAUAUAAAAUAAAUACUGAUUUAACACAUAAUCAAUUUGAGUUUUUAUUGAUUAUUUCAAUUUUGAAUGAUUUAAUUAACAUAUAUUGACACAUUAAUAUGAUAUCGAACAUGUAUUGAUUGAUUUAAUGCAUUUAUUAGCAUUUUAUUUAAAUUAUCAUAUUAUAAAUAUUUAUUUAUUGAAUUGUGGCACAUUUGAGCCUAGAUACCAAAUCAUGCAACAGUUAAACCUGCAAAACCUGCUUUGCUGGAGAUGAUGUGAUUUUCUGGUCCAAGGUAGCUGAGUCUGCCCCGGACAAGCCAUAUUCUCACAGUCAUGACUGAUUUAUUGUGGUUUUAGGUGAUACGUUAGCCUACGUUUCGCUGCAUUCUGACAUUUCUGAAAAAGAGACUAGUUCGAACCGUGGCUGCAUGUCAGUGACACAGUAAACUGCUAACGGUUGGUCCAGAUAUCACAAAUCUAGCCUUUUAAUAGAGCUUUGAAGAAACUUUUUAUAGUGGUGUAAUCCACAAAAUAGCAAAACAGAAACAGGCACCGCAGUCAUCUGUUGUUUGAAACUCAGGCUUCCAGCUUCAAACAUGGCUCUUGUUAUCUCUGCCAGAUAUUUCGCGUCUUUCUCUGCUACUUUCAGUCAUAAUCGAGAACACGCUCUGAUCUGCAGGAUUUCAGUGGUGAAAGUUGGCUCGGCAGGAGUGAGGGUUUUAUCUACACACACACACACACACACAUAUAUAUAUAUAUAUAUAUAUAUAUAUAUAUAUAUAUAUAUAUAUAUAUAUCUAUAUAUAUCGCUGUCAGUUAGGUCAUGUAUAUACAAUAGAAAAUCUAAGUGCUGUGUCCUUUAUGUUGAGUAUGUUGACAAAAUGAAUAUGUAAAAUGAUUAAAAACAAUUAAUUAUAAAAAAAGAUCACAACCAGACGAACAUCCUUGAAAACAUAGAAAACACUUCAAUCUGUGUGAUCUGCAAUAAUUUAAUUUGAAUGUCUUGUUUUACCACUCAGGUGGAAUUUUCCUGCUGGCUCCGUAAUUUUUACACAGAAAGGCUCCGGCAGUACAUUUAGGGCACAUUUGUGAGCUGUGGCGCAACCAGUAUGCGAGCGACACUCCGCACCAGCUUAACUAAUGCUGGUAUAGAGUUAAACCGACUCAGAUGCCACUGGAAAACUAUUGUAACGCAUCUUUGCCCGUUGCGGCCAUUGUCUCUAAGCAACAACAGCGUGAUCCAUCUCCGAUCUAUGUAUCUACUUGCUUCCUAUGUUUUUCUAUCUUGUUCCAGCCGAGUAAAAAAAUCCCGGCUUUUCAAAGCAGCUCCACAGAAACAGCCUUUGAGGAUGGUCUAGUCCCAUAUAGCCACUGAGAAAUACAGUUAAACCAAACUGACUUUAUUACUUCAACAGGAUUCAUAACUGUAUACCUAGAGCAAAACAGUAUGUGAAAAAGCCAACAUAUCCUAUCUUGUAUCUUAAAAAAACAAAGACUUGUGAACUUCAAGGAAAAUCUUAGAAAAAUUGAAAAAUGAAUACAAAAAAAAAAAAAAAAAAUCACUCUGCCUUGUCAUGGGUUUGGUCUUAUGAAUAAAAUAUAUGCUUGAUGUCUGAAA